AGGAGGAGGAGGAGGAGGCGUGCGCGCUGCGAGAGAGCCACAGAGCCAGAGGCAGGCUGAGGACGCGGAGAGGAGCUGACGGGCGCAAUUCACGAGACUCCGACCGGGCAGAGUUACAGGGAUGCACUUUUAAACCACACACACACUUCCACCGCUGCCUCCCCCCCCCCCAGACUGAAUCCUGUUGGGAGAGAGAGAGAGAGAGAGGAAAUCUGGGACAUUUUUCCCCCCAAAAAACCAAACUUUGAGUGGAUUUAAUAAUACACCCCAAAAAUGGGAUUGGAACGGUUCCGCGUAAAGACGCAGAGGACGGUGGCCCUUCUCCCCCGCGCGCUGCUCUGCGCCAUCGUCGGACUGUCGCUCCCUGCGCCUCCGCCCGCCUGCGAGGCGUUCAACUUGGACGUGGAGAGUCCAGCUGUUUACAGCGGACCUCGGGGAAGCUACUUCGGAUACGCCGUUGACUUUUAUUUGGCCGAUUCUUCCAGUGCGAGCGUGGUGAUAGGAGCUCCCAAGGCCAACACGAGGCAGGUCAAUGUGACGGAGGGAGGAUCGGUGUUCUACUGUCCGUGGAACCUCGGCCAAUCGGACUGCCACGCCAUCGAGUUUGAUGCGGAAGGGGAUCGCUCUGUUUCACUCAACAACACAGAGCACCAGGUCGAUUUCAAGUCCCACCAGUGGUUCGGCGCCACCGUGCGUUCCCACGGUGACACGAUUCUGGCUUGCGCACCUCUCUACUCUUGGCGGACCGAAAAAGACACCCCCCAUUCUGACGCAACGGGAACCUGCUACCUCUCAAUCCAUAAUUUCACCAAAUUUGUGGAGUAUGCUCCCUGCCGCACAGAAAUCAGUGGUGAGGGUGGACAAGGGUACUGUCAGGGAGGAUUCAGCGCUGACUUCACUUCGGAUGGCAAAGUGGUAUUGGGAGGACCAGGCAGCUACUUCUGGCAAGGUCAGGUGAUCUCUGCAGCUAAGGAGGACAUUAUCAAAGCGUACUACCCGGGCUACUUCAUGCAGUCUGUGGAGGGCCAGAUCCAGACCAAACAGGUCCAUUCUGCGUACGACGACAGCUAUCAAGGCUACUCUGUUGCCGUUGGGGAAUUCAGUGGUGAUCAGGUUGAAGACUUUGUGGCCGGCGUUCCAAAAGGACUCAUGCUUUACGGUUCGGUGUCCAUUCUGAAUGGGACAGAUCUGAAGACCAUGAUUAACUACACUGGCGAGCAGAUGGGAUCGUAUUUUGGCUACGCGGUGGCAACGACUGACAUCAACAGCGAUGGGAUGGCUGACCUGCUGGUGGGAGCGCCCAUGUUCAUGGUCCGGGGCUCGGGUGGCCGCCUGGAGGAGAUGGGCCGGGUCUAUGUUUACCUGCAGCGUGGGCCCCUGAACAUGGAGCUACGCCUGCCUCACAUCACAGGCACCCAGGCGUUUGGGAGAUUCGGCAGCACCAUUGCACCAUUGGGAGAUCUGAACCAGGAUGGUUUCAAUGACGUGGCUAUUAGCUGUCCGUUUGGAGGGGAGGACCGGCAGGGACUGGUCUACAUCUUCAAUGGAUACUCGGGAGGACUCAGGGAAAAGCCGUCUCAGGUGAUCGCGGGCCAGUGGGCCGCCGGGACUAUUCCUGCCAGCUUCGGAUUCUCCCUCAGAGGUGCCAAGGACCUGGACAUGAACGGAUACCCAGACCUCAUCGUCGGUGCCUUUGGUGUUAAUAAAGCAGUUCUCUAUAGGUCCCGCCCCAUCGUGAACGCCAGUGCCUCCCUGACGGUGUACCCCACCAUGAUCAACCCCGAGGAGAAGAGCUGCAUGGUCACCAGUGGAAACACCAGCGUUCCCGUUUCCUGCGUCAACCUGAGUUUCUGCAUAUCCGCCGAUGGGAAGCAUCUGCCGGGCGUCCUAGAUUUCCAGGUGGAGGUGCAGCUCGACAGUCGUAAGCACAAGCAGAAAGGUGCGGUGAAGAGGGCUCUGUUCCUGGACUCCCAGCAGCCCUUGCUCCGGAGGAGCGUGAGGGUUCGCCAUGGCGAGCGCGUGUGCAACCACACAAAGAUCUAUCUGAGGGACGAGAAGGAGUUCAGGGACAAACUCUCCUCCAUUCACGUGGCCCUGAACUUCAGCUUGGACCCGGAGGCCGCCGCCGACUCCCACGGCCUGCGGCCCAUCCUCAACUACCAGACCACCGACGUCAUUGAGCAGAAGGCCCAGAUUCUGUUGGACUGCGGGGAGGACAAUAUCUGCGUUCCGGACUUGAAGCUGGCGGUUCACGGGGACAAGAGGGAGGUCUACCUGGGUGACGACAACUCGCUGACCUUGACCUUCAACGCCAAGAACGAGGGGGAGGGGGGCGCGUACGAGGCGGAGCUGUACGUGGUGCUGCCGCCCGAAGCCGACUACAGCGGAAUUGCGCGCAACAACGAGAGCCUGACGCAGCUGACCUGCAGCUUCGAGAUGGAGAACCAGACUCGGUACCUCAGCUGCGACUUGGGCAACCCGAUGAAGUCCGGUACCAGUCUGUGGGCGGGUCUGCGCUUCACGGUGCCGCGGCUGAAGGACACGCACAGAACCGUCCAGUUCGAGAUGCAGAUUCGCAGCAAAAACGAGAACAACUCCCACAGCGAGGCCGUGCCCUACAAGCUGGAGGUGGUCGUCCAGGCUGAAGUCAUCCUGCAAGGGGUGUCUCGGCCAGACAAGGUCUUCUUCCCGCCCGCCAACUGGAAGGUGACCAAAAACUACGGCGCGGAGCAGGACGUCGGGCCGGCGGUGGAGCACAUCUAUGAGCUGGUGAACAACGGGCCCAGUCGGAUCAGCCACACCCUCCUCGAGCUGCGCUGCCCCCUCAGUGUGCAGGGCCACAAUCUCCUUUACCCCCUGGAGUUCUCCACCGAGGGGCCCGUCAACUGCACCGCCGACAGGAACAUGAACCACCUGCACCUCAAACUCCAGCACACGUCCACGGAGCCGCCCAUCCUGGCUCUGAAGGCCCAGGAGCACCGCGUCGAGCGGAGGGACGUCCACAGGAACCAGCUCGCUCAUCUGACCAACCUGUCGUGCUCCAACGUGGAGUGCUGGUCGCUGCGGUGCAAAGUGGGCCUGCUGGAGAAGGGGACCACCGCCAUCCUCAAAGUGCGCUCCCGCGUCUGGGCGGAGACCUUCACCGAGAGGGCCUAUAAGCAAUACGUGCUGGAGUGCCUGGCCAGAUACAGUGUGGAGAAGAUGCCUUAUGCCAUCCUGCCCAGACAUGCACCCAGUGGACACAAAAAGGUGGUGACCCCGGUGGUGUGGAACAAGCCCGACAUCGAGAACUCGGUUCCUCUGUGGAUCAUCAUCUUGGCCAUCCUGGCCGGUCUACUGCUUCUGGCUUUACUCAUCUACGUCCUGUACAAGUUUGGCUUCUUCAAGCGAUCCCUACCGUACGGCACCGCCAUGGAGAAGGCCCAGCUAAAACCACAGGCUGCCUCUGAGGCCUAGAGGCCCAGCAGAGCUACCAGAACCACAGAACCUGGCCACAUGAUUGCAACGGAUGAACACGGUGGAACACGAGUAGAGUGGAUCAAUUGGAUGAGUUGACGGAGAACGAGACCACUGGAACUCCACUGUGCUGCACUAGAAGAAGACGAAGAAGAAAGAAAGAAAGGGAGGAAGAGAGGAAGGAAUCCAAAGAUCUUCAAGCCAAAUGAAUGUUGUUGUUUUUUUUUCUUUUUUAAUUUAUGUCUGUGGGGCGGUUCGGGAUCAAACAGGACUCUUCUCAGUGCCUCCCAGCGCCGACAUCCGAGCGUCGGCCUGCAGAUGCAACGAGACGCUCUCCUGUUGUGGAUGCUCGUGACGGUGUGUUCAGCGGCCACCCGCCUUGUCUCGGUGCUAACGGUCUGAUGCGUUCGCUGCCUCCGACGUGGGAUGCCACGGCGCUGCAGCUCCCGGCAGCCUGGAGCUGUGAGCCCCCCCCCCUCCCCGACGGAAUGCUUCUGAUGCGUCCAGAACAUUUAAACACGCCCGUCUUCAUCGACAUACAAACAGGUUUCGGGUGAAGACAUGAGUCAGGCAAAUGCUACGCUGCCCAGUUGUUGAAAGCAAAUCCGUUUGAAAAGUUUAAAAACAUAUAUAUAUAUAUACAUAUAUAUAUAUAUAUAUCAUAAGUCGUGACCUGUCUGGGUCGUUCCCCUGGUUCUUUGCCCGUCUCUGGGACAGGCUCCGUCAGCCCGCAGCCCCUGAACGGGAUAAUGCUUGGAUGACAAUGAUCUCUCUCUGCCUCAGGACGGUGGACCGCGCUGGGUUGCGUUUUUUUUUUCUUUUUAUUAUUUUGCACUCAAAGGAAACCUACUGAUAUAUUUCCAAAAGGCAUCCGGAGACUCACUCGUUGACCUUCCUUCCUUUGAGUUCGUGCUUUUGACUCCUACUGAUCACAUUUCGUCCCGCGCCUGUGACGUCGGCGCCGCGUACCCCGGACUGGGACCGGCCGCAGGCCCCGCGGAGCCUCGCGUCGGUUCAGGCUUUCGAAAGCAGUGCGCGGCUCUCCCCCAAGGAUAUGUCCUACUCAGUUUGGGUUGAGCUCAGACCGCGUGCGAGCGAAUGACAAGAGAGCGAGGGAACGCGGCGCAGCGACGUCUUGAUCCAAAGACGUGACAGUCAGCGGCGUUGUAGCCUCGACUGACCCCAAGCAAGACCAUCGCUCCUUGCCAUCUCACUUUCUCACGGUGCGCGUUACUGUGAGACACUGUAUUUUUUUUAGAUUCGUCUUUCUGAGGUCGAAGCCGGCCCCCGGGUUUCGAAAGACGAAGCGGCGGCUCACGUCAUCCCACCACCACGCGGCUACAGGGACUGAACAUCAUAUUGUUUUUUUGGUUGUUUUUUUUUAUGUACAUAGAUUUUUUUUAUGUGCCUUUUUUAAAAAAUUGUAAAAUACCCAAAUGUCCGUGGGUUCAAGUGGGGGGGGGGGGGUUUGCGUGACUUCACGCACACGUGCGUUUGUGUGAAUGGUGUAUUUAUGAACGUUUGUUUUGCGUAUGAAUUGGUUCUAACCGUUCCCAGUGCCGGGUCCCGUUUAUCCCCCCCCCCCGCCUUUUGUGAGCUUGAGAUCGUCGAGGUUAUUAAGCCCCCCUUCUGCGUUGACACUGAACAUGAAAAUAUGAUUGACUUGUUUAACGGCACAGCGUGGAUUGAAAUACUUAUUACCUCAGUGGAAAUUAAAAAAGCCCAACAUGUCGCGGUAAGGCUGCCGUCCAGAUGGAUGUUGUCCCGCUCACAAAGGGGGGGAAACGGCUCGGCACCGGGAACUCUAUGUUGUUUGGAAGUGCAAUAUUUAUAUUCACUCUUUAUUUUUAUUUCAUAUUACAGUGUCUUUCUCAUUUCUUUGUUUGUUUUAUGUGUUACAGAAAAACCAGAACUUUUGAGUAUGCGAUGAGCACACGAGAACAAAUCCUUCUGUGAGCUUCUGGCUUUUCACGCUUUCUCACUUCAAGUGUGAAUUAUUAUUAUACAUUUCCUUGUUCGACUUGAGAUGCUCUCGCCACUCGCUCGACCACUUUCCCCAUCUUGAUUCUUUUUAAACCACAGUCCACCGCCGCCAGGACGUGUCCGAGUUGAACUCGGGCAUGUUGAUAUAGUUUGAUAUUUUAUGUGCUCUGCUGUCGCACCUGUCACAACACCACCGUUAUAUUCACCAUGUGUUUUACGUUUGUUGGCCUCAUUACACUCUUUUUAAUAUAACCCUCCCCCUUACUGGAUGGUGAUUUACUAUUUGUCAAAUGGGCCAUGAAAUCCCCAUUUGAUAAUUGAUUUAAAUCCUCAAACAUGAUUUUUUUUUCCCCACUGAGCAGGUCGUCCCAUUAUUUAUAAUGACAGGGGAUCAUUUUACUACUUCCUCCAUGGUUACAUCAGGAGAAGGCACUGGGUUUUUUUUGUUUUCAUUUUGUUUUCUUCUUCUUCUUUUUUUUUCAUGUCGUAGCCCAUUUUCUCUCUCCGGAGACUUUCAAAAAAGAAGUUGUACAUAUUUAAGAACAUGGAGAUUAAUGAAUUCUGAAAAACUGAUUUGUUGUGAAUUUUUUUUUCACCCCAUAUUGGGGAGAACAUUUUCUUUAUUUUUUGUCGGGUGGUAUUUGGAGGUCAGUUUUUACCUGUUACGGUUUGUACUUUAAAUAAAAAAACAAAACUUCUCUUUGUACAAAUUCUUGCCGCUUUCAUUGAAUACACAUAACUGAGAAAAUAAUUUAUUUAGAAAACAGCAUUGUAUGAAAUUGUCAGUUGGUAAAAAAAAAAACAGAAAAAAAAACUGAUGUGUAAGUUUUAAUGUGGAAAAUACUAUAGUGCUGAGCUGAAGUGAUGAGCCGUGGCAAAGAUCUGCAGCGUGUGUUCGUAUGCUCCUGGUUGUCCCUGACAACAGUUCACAAUAUUACACAUAAAUCAGUUUUAACAACAAAGGCGUGAAAUGUUCACGUUGUAACGUUGCCUUUGGGAGGGGGAUGGAUACGAUCGGUACGGCAGCGUAUUGCUG